AUGCCAAGUAAAACUCCUGUUUCUUUAUUACAAGAAAUGCUUAGCAGACAAGGAACAACUCCUAAAUAUGAAUUAGUUCAAAUUGAAGGUGCAAUUCAUGAGCCGACUUUUCGUUAUAGAGUUACUGUUGCUGAUAAUGUCGCCAUUGGCACUGGAAGGUCAAAAAAAGUAGCCAAACACACGGCAGCUAAAAAUUUAUUAGAUAAAUUAAAUGGUAAAGCAGCCUGCGAAGAAUUCAAUAUAUCACCUAUUGAAACAGGUAGAGGUUCACCCAAUCAAGUCAUUAAUUCAUUUGAUAAGAUAUCUGGAAAUCCAAUAGGCACAUUACAGGAAAUGUGUAUCUGUCAUCGAUGGCCUCCUCCAGUUUAUGAAAUGACAUGCGAAGAGGGUCUUCCACAUGAAAGACAAUUCACAAUGGCGUGUAUUGUUUUUAAAUAUCGUGAAGUAGGUUCUGGAAAAUCUAAAAAAUUAGCAAAACGUCAAGCAGCUCAUAAAAUGUGGGAAAAAUUACAACAGUGUUCUCCCUUGCCACAAUUAGGAUAUCAAGAUGAAGUGGGGGGUUAUAACGUCGAUUCAAUGUCUAAUAGAUUUGCUGAUGUUAAAAAUAGUAAAAUAUCAACGUUGACAAAUCCUCACGGUCAUAAAGUUUCAAUGUUUCAUAAAAAUUUAAAACAAAGCAAUGGACCCGUUUUAAAUAAGCUACAGAUUUUUUCUUCUGUUGAUAAAAAUAAUUUCGAUCCGAUUGCUUUUUUACAAGAAAUAGCCACCGAACAACAUUUCGAAGUGACUUACGUUAACAUUGAAGAAACAACUGUUUCCGGUAAAUGCCAGUGUUUGGUACAAUUAUCCGUUUUACCUGUGGCCGUUUGUCACGGUACGGGUUCGACAUCGAGUGAAGCCCAAUCGGAUUCCGCAUUAAACGCUUUAGAAUAUUUAAAAAUUAUGACGAAAAAGUGA